GAAAUAACCAAAGAAUAUGAAAUAUUAAAUUGUUACGCGAGAUGAGUCUGUAGAUCCAAAGAUUUGAAAGAAUAUAAAAAAGACAACAAGGCGAGUUCAAUACAGUGGUAAAGAUAGCUAUACAGCUGAGUGAGCUUUUAUACCUGGUAAAAUAACAUUAAAAGGUUUAGUUUAAAUACAUUAUAAUUCUGAGUAAAUUCGUCAAGAGUGUCAUUAACAUUCGUGACGUUAUUCGUUCCCUUUAAAUCUGACAGCACUGAAGCUCUCUCCGCACUGCGUGGCCUUGCCGAUUGUGCCAAAAAGAAAUCCCCUUUUCAAACGCUCCUGGAAGACCUUGACCUGUGGAAAUAUUACCCGCACAAACUCUCGCUCAAGGACGUCUUACAAGUAUCCGAAAGGAACACCAAGAAGGAGCAGCCCAACUCCUUGCAAGACGUCGCCAUGCACUUCCUUCACGGCAUUUUUGCUGCAAAUUCAAAUUCUCGAACGACAGAGCUCAGCUCCGGGAACGUUAUAGCUGAGGUCCAGCCGGAAAAAGCUGAAGACGAGUUCGCGUUUCUAACCGAACGCCACACAGCCACAACCCUUAGGUGUAAUUCUAUCAGCAUAUUGGAUCUGACAGCGGCGGUCUUCCUGUGUGCCGACCGGUGCUUGCAACAGGCAAUUAUGGUCAAGAUGUCUCUGUGCCAAUUUGCAUUGCCUCUGUUACUGCCCGACUCCAACAAAGGCACGCUCACCUUCUUGCUGUGGGCCAUGCGUUCCGUGACUCACAUUUGGAGACCUCACGAAAAAAUGAGCAGCCGAGGCCACGUCGAAGAUUCCGUGGCCAGAGCGAAGAUGCCCAUGAUGUCCUUUGUGCGGAUCGGGAACUGCAAAGUGUCCAAAUCGGAGGUCAUCAACAUGUUCCUGAGCAAUGGCCAGCACGAUUUAUUCGUUCACCGAAACAUGAUAUGCAGGGAUUCCGACAGAAAAAUUGCCAACGGUGUGGUGGAGGUUUGCUUUAGCCUGCCACGUGGCAAUGAAAACUCUGACCUCUUCCGGGAUAUAGUUGCCGUUUUUAAUCUUCGUGGUGAUGCUAAAGAUAGCCCGAUCCAAUUAGAAUUCUUGAAAAGGACAUCGGGGGUGCUCUUCGUAUUCGUGGAGAAAGUUGGAGAAAGCGAAAGCACCUUUUUGACCUCAAAUUUCGAUCCGAAUUCAAAGCCAUUUCUUGUACUAGACUCGGAAAGAGCUGCAGAGGAGGAAACACGCAGAAAACUAUUGUGCGUCUGCAAACAUCUGAAAUUGGAAAAAAAGAACGUUUUUUUGGGGGAAGAUUUCACGAGAAUUACGUUCAAGGAAACGUUUAAAAAAUUCGUUGUCGACGCCGUGAGGACCAUCGAGUCCAAGAAAGAGAGUUUGCAAGAAGCCAUUGGGACUGCUUCAGCGCUUAAGAUCGUCAUCGACGAAGGGGAAAAUGAUCUACGCAUCAUCAGAGAGUCGUUGAAAAACGUCACAGAUUACAUCAUGAAACCCGGCACGUGCUCCAUCAAAGAGCUGAUGCUUCCGCGUCAGGGCAAGCUGUGGCAUGACUGGGCUAAGCUAGACAAAGAGCAGUGGCGCCUGAACAAGAUCAGCAAGAGGAAAUGUAAAGAAUACCGCGCGAAUAUCGAGACAGUGAAACACAAACUUCGGGAGCAGCAGUCCAAGCUGGAGCUCUCCCCGCCAAUGCAGAUAUUCGUCCGCGAACUAACAAAGUCUUCCAAAACGAACUUGCUCUUUCUUCAGUCCUUGAAAGUAGAACUCGAUUCGUUAUCAAGAACCCCAGGACUGUUGCUUUCGCUGAGUGUGGAGCAUUUCAUGCGAGAAUUGGCACAGAUCUACGAGGCGUCCAAAGCUUGCGACGCAGCUCCCCCCGGAUCCCAGGCGCUGCCGUCGGUCAUGGCGCAGCUCCUCCUCGACGGCUUUCCCCUGGAGCUCAUGGACGGCGAGGCCGGCUGCAUCCCAAUGGAUUGGGUGACGGACGUCCUGCACGAAGUCUGCCGCAUGCUCGGCGAAGAGGUGCGCAUGCCCGUGCUGUCCGUGCUCGGCAUGCAGAGCACGGGGAAGUCCACCCUCCUCAACAUCAUGUUCGGCCUGCAGUUCGACGUGAGCAGCGGCCGCUGCACGCGGGGAAUGUUCGCUUAUCUUGUGCCCGUCGACGCCCUCCUGAGGGAGAAACUGCAAUGCGACUUCUUCCUGGUGAUCGACUCGGAGGGGCUAAAUUCCACAGAGGACUCACCACACCGUCCAACGGGCGAGAGAGACGCCGAGCUAGCCACACUGCUCAUCGGCCUGAGCGACAUAGUGCUGUUCAACCUCAGGAUGGAGAACGCAGAGGAGCUGAAGGACAUCCUCGGAACCGCCCUCCGCGCCAUUGUACAGAUGAUUGAUGCCGGGAAGAAGCCCUCCUGCAUGUUUAUCCACCAGUGCUCAGGGGAUCUGUCUGCGCACGACAAGAAUGCAGAGGGCCGGGAAAGCAUCCUCAGGCUGCUGGAAGAGAGCGCGGUUGAGGCGAUGAAGCUCAAGGGCAGGGACACGGUCGUCAAGCAUUUCUCUGAAUUCAUGGAGUACGACAUGGUCAACGACAACUGCUACUUGCCGGAGCUCUGGACCAGUGGCUUGCUGGUGAAGCCCAUCAAUGCCGAGUACAGUGACAAAGUGCUUGAUCUACAAAAGAACAUCUUGGAAAAAUUUAAAUCGAAGAAAUACACUCACACUCUGUCAGAGUUCAGUGAUUGGUUGAACAUCAUAUGGACCGCCAUGAAGAAAGAAAUCCUUAUUUUCAGUUUCAAGAACUUCGAUGUCAUCAACCCCUACAACCAACUGUGCAGUAAGUACUCUGACUGGGAGACGAAGCUCAGCACCAAGGUAGAUACCUGGCUGAACGUCGCAGAAAACAAAAUCUCGAACUCAAAACAUACGGAGCUUGACGAGUUGUGUGCUGAACUAGAAGGCCAAUUGAAGAAAGAAUUUUCAGAAAACGAAGGGCAAUUUAUGGAGCUGUUACAGGAUAUAUUUGACAAAUCUACAGAUGCACACUUGCUUCUGAAAUACAAAGACGACUUUUUGGACAGUUACGUAAUGUUUACAGAAAAUGUUCGUUUGGAAGCUCUUAAAAAGUAUGAAAAUAAACGGUUUGAAGCUCUUGGAAAAUAUGAUAGGCGUGAAAAUAGCCAAAAGUCUCAUGCAUUCGUGGUAAGCCACUUCACACAACGGAUCGUUGAGUGCAUUCAACAACUCCUGCAGAACUACAAAAACAAUUGCGCUGAACUUUUCGAAAACUCUUUUCAAGGUGAUUUCAGUCGGAUUUGGUCAGAGUCAGUGUCUUUGCUUGAAAAUAAGGAAAUACAGGCUGAUAUUGAAAAAAUAUUGUCCAAAGAUGACAAUUGUCGAAAACGCUUAAGUGCUGAACCAUUGUGCGACUUGGGGAAAACAACAUUCAACAUCAGGGAUGCGGAACACAAACUUUCAACAAGUGAAAUGCACCGUUCAUGGACGAGCAUCUCCACCUUCGUGAGUGAUGUCGUGAGAGAUUGCACCGCCUUUAUAGAAGGCUACGCCAACACGAAGAUCAGUUACAGUUCCAAGCAGUGGGACGAGCUACUGGCGCACAUUGAUUCGCUGUUGAACGCAGAGUACAAAGGAUGCAAUUCUCAACUGAAAGUUGACAUCAAGCUGUACGUUUGCUCUAUCGCUGUAGAAGCAUUCACGCGACUGGACAAGGCGCUACUGGAGCACAGACUAUCGGACAUAAAGAACACUGCCCGGGACCUUUUGGGACAAAUGUGCCAAAGUGGGGAUGAAAGACAGAACAUCGCUGCCGCCAUUUGUCAAUGUUUCAUCAAGCCGGCCCUUGUGAGAAGUAUCCAUCAGCAGUUGGGGACAAGGCUCGUGAAAAUUAUCAGAGGAAAAAGCAACGCAUUUUCGAGCCGUAAACACCUACAUAUGAACGUCCUCUUAUACGUGCUCAUGGAGGAAGACUUUACUCUUUUUUUAAAUUUCAUACGUUCUCAUCAAGAUGUCACACACGACUGGGUGAAGAACUAUGUCAUCCACUUUUGCAAGGAAUGUGAAUUCUUAAACUGGCAUAACAUCUGCCUGGAGAAAAAACACAUUGUAGAACAAUUCAAAUCAAAAAUUGCAAACUCAAUGACGGCAGUGAAGGCAGCACAAUCUAUCCCAGCGACGGUGGCUGAUCUCUUCCGCAGCCUAAAAGAAUUCCUUGCCGAAGAUAUCGUGUUCCAGCACUUGGAGCUGCUGAAAAUUUUCGAUCUGUACCCCCUCGUCGACGCCCAAAGUCUCGAUAAACUUUUGGCCAUGGUCGUCGCCCAACUGGGGGUGGUCAUUUGCAAAGUUCAGCCAAAUUGCGGUGACACCUGCGACAUUGAGAAUACAUUGCAAGACCUACGCGUGAGACCACACCGGCAGUUGCUGUGGAUGCUGCGAGGCUGUGGUCAGCAGUGCCCGCUGUGUGGAGCUCCCUGUGAUCGCGGAGGGGGUAACCACAGGGAGCACGCGGCCACCAUUCACUAUCCCCAGGGGCUCAUGGGCAGGAGGCAUCAUGACGGGACGUUCAUGUGCGAUGUGUGCACCACCUCCAUGGCGCGGAAAAAGAAUGGAAGGAUGGGUGAGCAUACUUUUUGCAACGCAGACACGGGAAAGAUGCCCGUAAAAUUCAACAACCUUCGCGAUUUGUACAAAGACUGGAACAUCCCGCCAGAUCCAGACUUGGAAAACCCCCUCUUCUGGAAGUUAGUCUUGCACCAUUUCAACGACAAGUUGGCGCAGCAUUAUGGGGUUGGUAAGGCGGAGAUACCUCCAGAAUGGGGAUGCAUUACAACGCAAUGUGUGAAGGAUGAUUUGUGUGAAAGAUAUUUUGGUCGGCCUGGUGUGGUGGACAACGUCGUCAAAGGAGUAAAACAAAACAGCCCCAAUUACCAUCACAACAAAAUCACCCUAAAAAAAUACAAAAACCUCUAACUGCUGAAAUAGUGGCUAGCCCAAGACCCUUGAUUGCCUUAAAUCGAGGGUCCACAGAGUCUUUUCUUAUCGAAUGCAUUUCAGUGGGGUCAAAAGGUAUAUAAAAUAAAUCUACACAUGGAAUCAUAAGAAUGUGUUGACAGUCUUCCCUCGUUAUUUGCGAUGAAGGAUGAAUUACGCAGAUGCCCGUGCAUAGCAAACUUGGUGGAUAAUGAUAUUGGCCUGCAAUUUUGUAUUAAUUCUAUUAACAAAAACACUUAAAUAAGCUAUUAAACAUAUGAAAAUCAUCUUAUUUUAUUUCAUCACUUUAUCUCUAAUCUGCCACAACACUGCAGAAGUGUUAUGGGAUAACGAAUUGAGAUGACUAGAAUCCAGUUCCUCUACCAAGGGUUCAGUUCCUCUAC